CCCCCCCCCCGAACAGACAACGAGCCCAUCCUCAUCCGGCUCGCUGCUUCUCCUCAACCACCACCACCACAACCACCCACAUAACCCGUCAAGAUGCGUGUCGAUCCUUGUUUCUUUUGCGGCCGUCCGGCCUGGCCCUCCAAGGGCAUUACCUUUAUGCGUAACGAUGGCAAGUCCUUCCGCUUCUGCCGCUCCAAAUGCCACAAGAACUUCAAGAUGAAGCGCAACCCCCGCAAGCUCAAGUGGACCAAGGCCUACCGCAAGAACGCCGGCAAGGAGAUGGUGGUCGACAGCACCCUGCAGUUCGCCGCCCGCCGCAACGUGCCCGUCCGCUACGACCGCGAGCUCUUCGCCAAGACGGUCAAGGCCAUGGAGCGUAUCUCGGAGAUCCGCCAGCGCCGCGAGCGCAUCUUCUACAAGCGCCGCAUGGCCGGCAAGCGCGCCCGCGAGGUCGCCGCCGCCCGCAAGCUCGUCGCCGAGAACGAGCACCUCCUCCCGCGCCUGCGCGGUUCCGAGAAGAGGAGACUGGCCGAGCUCGCCCAGGAGACGGGCCAGGACGUCGAGGAGCUCGAGCGCGAGGAGCUGGCCAAGAAGGCGGCCAGCAAGAAGACCAAGGCGUUUGGCGGCGAGGUCAAGAGGCUCCGUGUCAGGACAGACGGCGGCGUGGAAGAGAUCUCGGAGCGCGUCGCUGGUGGAGGCUUGGUCGAUGAGGAUGACGAUGACGAGAACGAUUUCGAGGACGUGGACGAUGAUGACGAGAUGGAUACCGACUGAGCGCACGAGUCUCAGUAACUAUUACUACCGCGACCAC